AAAAAAAUUCAUCUCACUCUUCCUUCUCUUGACCACUAACACUCUGGUGGAGCGAAAAUAGAGAAACUAUUUGUGCCGUCUUUUUACUUCAAGAUCAGAAAACCUUUCGAUCCAAGUUCCAAUUCCAAGCAAGAAACAAUGGUUGACUCUGCUAUCAGUGCUACUGUUGAGGUUGUCUUGGGGACAGUUAUUUCCAUUGCUGCGGACCGCAUUGGUAUGGUUCGGGGAGUCAAAGCGGAGUUGGAGAGACUAAGCAAAACUGCUGCAAUGAUCCAAGGUUUCUUGGCUGAUUGUGACGAGAACAUGCAUACCCAAGGGGUGCGAGAGUGGCUCAAACAGCUAGAAGAUGAGGUUUUUAAAGCUGAUAACGUGCUGGACGAGCUCAACUACGACAAUCUCCGUCGGGAGGUGAAGUACCGAAAUCAACCAAUGAAGAAGAAGGUAUGCUUCUUCUUCUCCUUCUUUGGUGCAAUUGGUUUUAGUUCCAGCUUGGCUUCAAAGAUCCGGGACAUCAACACCAACCUAGAGAGGAUCAACUGGCAGGCCAAUGACUUGGGGUUGGUCAGAAAGCACCAAAAAGAAGCUGAUGCCACUGGUUCCAUGACAAGCAGACCGUCCGACUCUAUUGUUGUUCCAAACGUUGUAGGAAGAGCUGGCGAUGAGUCAAAGAUAGUGGAGAUGCUAUUGACCCCAUCUGAAAGAGUUGUCUCAGUUAUUCUCAUAACAGGCAUGGGGGGCCUGGGCAAAACGACUCUUGCUAAAUCAGUCUACAACAAUACAAAAAUUGAUGAGAAUUUUGGCAUAAAGAGUUGGGUUUGUGUGGCUAGAGAAAUUAAAAUAGUGGAGCUGUUCAAACUCAUUUUAGAAUCGUUGACAAGAACAAAGGUUGAAGUGGAUGGUAGGGAUGCCAUAGUUCAAGAAAUUCGAGGAAAACUUGGGGAAAAAAGAUUUCUCCUUGUUCUUGAUGAUGUGUGGAAUUGUGAACAAGAAUUCUGGAGUGACUUUUUCACCACGUUGUUGGGACUCAGCACAACUAAAGGAAGCUAGUGUGCUCUCACUACGCGUCUAGAACCAGUGGCUAAUGCUGUGCCUAGACAUCUGCAAAUGAAUGAUGGUCCUUAUUUCCUAGGAAAGCUAUCAGAUGAUGCAUGCUGGUCUAUCCUGGAAAACUGGUAGUUGCAGGGGAAGAAGUACC